AUGACGCUUCUCUCAACCACAGUCCCGCAUCUCCAAGCCGCCUGGGAUGUCCACCCUUACCUCCUCCUCUCGGUUCCUUUUGCCCUCUACCUCCUCAUCUCCAAUGUCCGAUCCUAUCUCAAACUCCGACACAUCAACGGUCCGUUCUUGGCGCACUUCACCUACGUCUGGUUCGUAGGCAGUGUCGCCCGAGGAAAGAUGCUCAACACUCUCCAGGAACUUACCUACAAGUACGGCCCUGUCUGUCGCAUCGGCCCGAACGAUCUUCUCGUCGGCGACUUUGACGAGGUUGUCCGCAUCAACGGGGUGCGGUCACCGUAUGUGAAGAGCGAUUGGUAUACUACUAUCCGGUUUGAUGUUGAUGGGGGGGACUCGGUUGUUUCGUUGAUGGAUACUGCGGAGCAUGAUGUGCGGAAGGCGAAACUGAUUAAGGGGUAUGAAGGGAGGGGGAAGGGGCAGGAUAAGGGGUGGAUGGAUAAGGUUGUGGAUAAGCAUUUGGUGGAGUUGGUGAGGUUGUUGAGGGAGAAGUAUGUCAAGCAGGGGAGGGAGAUUAACUGGACGAAUGUGAUGAGAUAUUUUAGUGCGGAUGUUAUGGUGGAGGCUUUGAUGGGUGAGGCAUGGGGAGACCUUCAGACGGAUAGUGAUAUUCACAAGUUCUUCGAGAUGUCGGAUUAUUCUACGCCUUACAUCCAUACUGUUGGAAGUUGGGGGAGUCUUAGGUGGCUUACAAGCAGCUGGUGGUUCAUUCGCAAGGCUGGGCCGAAGGUGACGGAUGAUCAUGGUUUGGGCAAGUUCAUUUCCCUGGUGAGAGAAGAGGUCUCAAAGCGUUUUAGGGAUCCCGAAUCCAAGAAGGGCGAUAUGUUGGCCGACUGGAUCUCUCAAGGACUUACCUCACGCGAAUGCGAGCUUGAUGUCAUCCUCGGCGUGAUAGCAGGGGCCGACACCGUUGCCGUGCCCAUGCGAACCAUCUUCCUCUAUCUCAUCACCUCUCCACUCGUCUAUUCCAAGCUCAAAGACGAGAUCACAACCGCCAUCAAGACCAGAACCAUCUCAGAACCCAUCACAAACCAACAGGCUCUCAAACUACCGUACAUGCAAGCUGUUAUCCACGAGGGCCUCCGCAUGAUGCCCAUCUCUGCUUUCGGCUUCCCCAAGAGAGUACCCGCGGAGGGAGACAUGAUUUGUGGCAUACACGUCCCUGGUGGAACAGACAUCUUCCCUAACAACCUCGCCAUUCAACGAAGCAAAAAGGUGUUUGGGGAUGACGUCGACGUUUUCCGGCCAGAGAGGUGGUUGAUUGAGAACACCCGAGGACCGGAACACCGCAGCUUGAUGGUCCGACACAUCGAAGUCAUCUUUGGUCAUGGUAGAUGGCAAUGCCCGGGGCGGAUGCUUGCUUGGGUUCAGCUGAACAAGGUCUUUGUGGAGGUUUUGAGGAACUUUGACUUUCAGGUUGGCAACCCGAGAGAUCCUUGGAAGUUGGGGGUUUAUAGUUCGGUUACUGACGACUGUACCUAUGGGCCCCUCAAUUAUACCUUGGACCCGUACUGCCCAAGCUGCGGUCACUCGCGAUGCGCAUAUUGCACGUACACGGUGGGUACAAUCAAGACAAGAGAUGGCGGCGGCGGUAACCGGUCAUCGUCAGGCAAUCUGUCGCGCCCCCGGGAGAUGCAAGAGCCUCUUUACGGCUCUUCUUCUGCUCCUGAACUAGAAACGGACGCGAAGAGCGGCAUACCCCCCGCCAGACUCAAGGACCCUCAAUUGAGUACCAAUGAACGACCCCAAUCCGAGACAGGCCCUGAGGGCAGCACCUCAUCCACCUUUGAACCCUCAGUAUUGUCCGAAACGAGCUUUUCCGGGCAAGCUCCGGCCAAAUACAGGGCGGCAGUGCCACAGCCCUCCCAAAUCGAGACGAGAAAAGACAUUACUUCUGAAGAACUCCACGUGGCAAAUGACCCCAGCAAACAACAGUGGAGUGAAUCCAAGUUAUAUCCUACUAGCGUUCCCCAAGCACGCGCGAUCAAGCUCGACGAGCUAAGGGCUCGUCCUUCUUCGAAACAAACCUCUAGAUCCACAUGGAUGUCAGCAGAAGUCCGUGCCUACAGCUUCAAAAUGAGCCAUCAGCGAGCCAUGCCCAGGUCUCAUGGACAUGUAGGUGCGGUCACCCGCCUACAUGUUCACGUGCCAGUGUCACAGCUCCAAGCCGCCAUAGAUUUUGCGGCCCAGGCUGCCGGCCCAAAUGCCCAUACCGUUACCAGCAGGAGACCAGUCGAACAGGGUGGUGCGUCAGCAUCCAGCAGUAGCCAGGCCUCGACCAACACAGAGCUGCCACAAGCUAACUCCACAAAUUCGGGACCGCGUUCACCCCACACAAGUACGUCGGACGAAGAAGUUAACAGCGUUCUGCCCCCGUUCAUACCAACUGGAACCAAGCGGUUUCUCCUGCUAUGUGUCAACACGGGUAGUCUUGGUGGAGUCCGUCACCGCAGGCUGGCCAACGUAGAGGUCACUAACACUGAAUGUGGCGGGGAACUGUUCCAGAGUCUUCGCAACGCCUAUUACUCGUUGGGGAAGAGUACGUGGAACCCAUUCCUGGUUCCAGAGACAAUGCACUACGUCAAAUUCCAGCUUCUGUUUCUCCAAAGGUGAGGUGAAGUCGUCGGGACCUACGAGGUGAACUCAAUUCCUCCAGCGAAAGAGGUGUUAAUGCAGGCGUACACCUUCCGCCCUUGUCCUCCCCGAGAUGGAGGUUUACCCAUCCCACGGGAUAUUUUCAUGCACUCUUCCUCAAUCCUGGGGACCACUUGGGACCGAUGGUCGUCGAGAUGUUGCCGAAGAAGCUCUGGGCUGAACUAAGAUGGGAUGGACAGGCGCAUGAUCACUUCAACAUUCCCACAGGAUGGGGGUUCUAUAUUGUGGAGGGGAUGUAUUGGGGGCUUGUGUGGUGGUGGGCUGUUCUCUUCUUGGUUGCAGUGUCGAUAUUGACAGUUACUUGGUCAGCGCUGAUGGGUGAUGUUCAAGGGGGGACUGGGCUGGGACAGUAUUGUCUGGCUGCGUUGGCAGUGCUUGGUUCCGUGGGCCUGUGGCACUAUAAUGUGAGAGGAAUAUCUUCACGAGAGCUGUUGGUUGAAUAGCAGUAAUAACCCUCUGUGCGUAGAUGGCAAAUGGAGUAAGAGAUGGAGCAUGGGGGACCAUAUUGUGAAGAGGAUCGUGUGAUGUUGGUAGAGUCCGCGGCCCUGAAGCAGGAAGCUGCAGCCACAUGUACCGAGACAACCGAACCGUUCUUUACUUUUUUCAUUAUAGCUAGUUACCAGCAUGUAGGCGCCUCCCAUUAAGCUUGCUCAUCCA